UGUUAGGUAAAGGCACCGCACCGCCCAUGACCAUUGUUAUGCUGCCUUGCCUUGUCCGUCACCUGAUCCCCGUGACACGCCGCCGCUGUAUCCACCAAGAUGUUUAUCUAGCAGAACUUGCAGAAGCAAUCAGAAAUGGAUUGAAAAACAUAUUCUUCCUCUACAGUUUCCAUCCUACAAUCCAUCAAAUUAACUGUUAAACCGUUAAACCCUCUCCUCUAUGUUAAUGACAAUACCACCCUUGACAAACAUCUUAAAACCUGUAAGUUGGAUUGUGUUUGAAGUCGCGCUAUAAUUGUAUUUUUAAAAAAAUUUAAAAUUAUUUUUAGUUUUAAAUUAAUUUUUUAGUUGUUAAUUAUUUCAAUAUAAUGUUUGUAAAAAUAUUAUUUUAAUCUAUUUAUUAAAAAGACAUUUCCCAACAGUCACUUCAGCAAUAUAUCUUUCAAGAGGCUUCGCUCUAAAUCUCUCUUAAACCCUAGCUGCUUCCUUCCUUUCACUCUCCCAAAACUAAGAGCCUUUCUCUCUUUUCUUCUUUGAAGUCCAUAAUUGAAAUGGCAUUCUUUAACAAGCUCGGGAGCCUAGCGAGGCAGUCAAUUUCCCAGAAGGGGCAAGUUCCAAUGGUGUCCAUGGUGAACUCUAUUCGCUGCAUGUCUUCAUCCAAGCUUUUCAUUGGAGGGCUUCCAUGGUCAACUGAUGACCAAACCCUUAAAGAUGCAUUUUCUGGCUUUGGGGAAGUGACAGAGGCAAGGGUUAUCAUGGAUAGAGAGACCGGGAGGUCUCGUGGAUUUGGGUUUGUUCGUUACGACAGCAUUGAAAAUGCCAGCGAAGCGCUUUCAGCAAUGGAUGGCCAGAAUUUGGGAGGAAGAACUGUUCGUGUGAGCUUUGCCGAGGAAAGGAGACCACCACAAUCCUACAAUGACAAUCACCAAGGGAGUCAAGGUUUUGAUAAUUGAAGUGGAUAGAUUACAGCUUUAUGCGCUCCUAACGCCUUAAAUGGCCUUUCUUCUGUAGCUAGGCGGAAUAGAGAUUGCAUUUUUAUUUUCUUGAAUAUUUCUAUAACUUAUGAAAUUAUGUUGUGAUUUUGGUGCUUGUGUGCUGGUUACUAAUUUUUCUGACUGGGUGAACUCCAUCAUGAUGGAUGAUGGAAGCAGAGUUAACGUUUUCAUGGUUAUGGAAGCAUGUUGAUC